AUGUCUUUCUUGCGGCUCGCUUAUUUCUCGUUCGUGCACCUUUACAAAACAGAUGUAGUGCAGUCGGGCCAGUCCUCGCUCAACUACUUCAUGGACAACUUGCUGCAAGCCGCACCGCGCGACUCCUUCCCUCUAGAAGACGCCUACUUCGAAGUGGAUGUACAGAACGACACUGUGCUUGAGUUCUACCCUUUCGAGAUCAGCAACGGAACGGUCAGGCGCUUUCGACGCCGAGUUCAGCGUCAGGGAGACUGCUACAAAGUGCAGUCAGCCGGCUCGAACGUCAUCACGUGUCCGCUGUCGUUCGCCGGCUUGACGGCUACGUACGUUCUUCAUCCGGGCACUCCCGGCGUUGACAGCCGCGACUUGCAGUUCUUUGUCCACGAGGGACACGGUGCCAUAGAGAUCACCGCUAGUCCAGGAAGGCGAACACAGCUCACCGAGUUCCGCCUGAGCUCCGUCAACGUGACUAUGCAGAAAAUGAGCAGCGUGCUUAUUCAUCCCGACGUGGACGACAUUUUCGCGACAAAAGCGGCCGAAGCCGUCGAACGGACUCUGUGGGCAGCGCUCUCCGGCUCCUACGCCGACAUGAUGAAAGUGGUCGUGGGCAGCUUACGAACACAGCCCGUUAUAACCUGAAGUCCGUGUUUAUAGAUAGAAUAAUCAACGUCAUCGUUAUACCCUCAAAAACAAACUUUUCACAAUGUUCAUGCGUUUUAAGCAGACAUAGUAAAAUUCUGCGAAGUUUUCUACACAAUCGCUAAGAAGACAUGAAGGUGGAAGCCUCAGUGUCGAUGCAUUGAAGAACGACGCACACAUAUUUCGA